AUGCAAAAAGCGCGGAACACCACACAUCCAACACAAGGCUCAUGUGUGGCAUUCAUGCCCAAGAAUACAACACAGAUGGCCAACUCCAACGACCGCCUUUUCACAUCUAGCGAGAUCGAAGCAUACUUGGAAAGAAUUGGAUUGAAUCACGAAGCAAUCAAACCCUUAUCGCAAUCCGAAAAACUACGAACGCUGCAUCUGAACCAUCUCCUUCAUAUACCAUUUGAUACAACCUCAAUUCACCUGCCUGCGAAAUGGUGGUCGAUGACAAAUGCCAAAGAAAAAUUUAUCACGCUCGAUCACAAGAACCAGAAGACAAAUCCAGAGCUGGUUUCUGUCGAAUGUGAUGAUACUUUCAAUAAUAUUAUCAAGGAGCGCCGCGGCGGCUAUUGCUGGAGUUUGAAUAGUUGUUUUGCACGGCUAUUGCUGAGUCUGGGCUAUCAAGUAUCGCAACUACCGGCACGAGUGUUCUACCAUCGGAACCAAGACCCGAAUGUGACCGGCUACGCAUGGACCCCACUGUGUCACGAAUGCUUGAUGGUCGAUACCGAGUCCGGGAAAUUCGUAUGCGACGUUGGAUUUGGAGGUGGCUCGUGCGCUUAUCCGAUCCCCUUUGAAGAAAACCGGGAAGUGGAAACCAUAACACCCGGGGAAAAAUUUAAAAUCGUCAAGGAAAACUGUGUCAACCUGGACACCAGCUCUACGGAUCAAGGCGAUGGGUACACCGUCCACAGGUGGUGCGGUAAAUGGUGGGGUCCAUGUUACCAUUUCUAUCUUUCACCCAUCGUGUUCAAGGAUCUGGCAGCAUUCAACUGGUAUACGACAAGUCACCCUGAAGCCCACUUGAAAACGAGGCUGGUCGUCUCACUUCUUCAAAAAGACGGCUCUCGACGGUCUCUAACGUGUACAAUUGACGAAGACGGCAAACAAAGUGAAACCAGACUACAUACUCGGAAACAUGUCACCGCCGAAGACAGUGAUGUCGUCUAUCUCAAGCCGACCUAUUCCGAACUGUUCAAGACUCUCAAACGUGAGUUUGGCUGGGGACCUAGUGAUCAAGUCUACGCCCAGUAG